UGGAAUGUGAAACCAAAUCAUUUUCAAGUUAAAGAUAGACACAGUAUACACCAGGAUCUAGAAGCUGGAUUUUAAGCUCCUAUCUCUCCCUAGAAUUUCAGAGAGUUCUGUUAUGAUCUCUGUAGUAAUUAACAAUUUGGUCGGGGCUUGUUUUUGAAGUCAGUGUGCUCAGAAUUCAUGUAUGUUCUGGAUGUCCUGGAAUUAAAAGGAUUUAGGAGCUCAUGAUGUGCAUACUCUAGGAUAAAUGAAGAUUUACCGAUCCCUGGAUGAAGUGCUCGGAAAGUCUUUAAAUGCCAUAGUCAACUGCCAUUUCAAAGAAGAGAAAAUAGAUGGUUUUGGAAAGCUCAUGCUGUUUCUUCAUUGAAUUUUAGAAUGAUUGAAGAUAGUGGGAAAAGAGGAAAUACCAUGGCAGAAAGAAGACAGCUGUUUGCAGAGAUGAGGGCUCAAGAUCUGGAUCGUAUCCGACUCUCCACCUACAGAACAGCAUGCAAGCUUAGGUUUGUGCAGAAGAAAUGCAACUUGCACCUGGUGGACAUUUGGAACGUCAUAGAAGCGUUGCGGGAAAAUGCUCUGAACAACCUGGACCCUAACAUAGAACUCAGUGUGGCCCGCUUGGAGGCUGUGCUUUCCACCAUUUUCUACCAGCUCAACAAACGGAUGCCAACCACUCACCAAAUCCAGGUGGAACAGUCCAUCAGCCUCCUGCUUAACUUCCUGCUGGCAGCCUUUGAUCCGGAAGGCCAUGGUAAAAUUUCAGUAUUUGCUGUCAAAAUGGCUUUAGCCACGUUGUGUGGAGGGAAGAUCAUGGACAAAUUAAGAUAUAUUUUCUCAAUGAUUUCUGACUCCAGUGGGGUGAUGGUUUAUGGACGAUAUGAUCAGUUCCUGCGGGAAGUUCUCAAACUACCCACAGCGGUCUUUGAAGGUCCUUCAUUUGGUUACACAGAACAGUCAGCUAGAUCCUGUUUCUCUCAACAGAAAAAGGUCACCUUAAACGGUUUCUUGGACACACUCAUGUCUGACCCUCCCCCGCAGUGUCUGGUCUGGCUGCCCCUUCUGCAUCGGCUGGCAAAUGUAGAAAAUGUCUUCCAUCCGGUGGAAUGUUCUUACUGCCACAGCGAGAGUAUGAUGGGAUUCCGCUACCGAUGCCAACAGUGUCACAAUUACCAGCUCUGUCAGGACUGCUUCUGGAGGGGACAUGCCGGUGGUUCCCAUAGCAACCAACACCAAAUGAAAGAGUACACAUCAUGGAAAUCACCUGCUAAGAAGCUAACUAAUGCAUUAAGCAAGUCUCUGAGCUGUGCUUCCAGCCGUGAACCCUUGCACCCCAUGUUCCCUGACCAGCCUGAGAAGCCACUCAACUUGGCGCACAUCGUUGAUACUUGGCCACCCAGACCUGUAACCAGCAUGAAUGACACCCUCUUCUCCCACUCUGUCCCCUCCUCAGGAAGUCCUUUCAUUACCAGGAGGUCACCUGAGGGGAUAAGUGCAUCCAGCCCUGUGGCUGAAGAGCAUUCGCUCAUAAAGCUGUAUGUAAAUCAGCUUGACCACGGCUCACGCUCUCCUCCCAAGGACAGUGAAGUAGAGCAGAACAAACUGCUGGCUAGGGCUGCUCCAGCUUUUCUGAAGGGCAAAGGGAUACAGUACAGCCUGAAUGUGGCAGACAGGCUGGCUGAUGAACAUGUUCUCAUCGGGUUGUAUGUCAACAGGCUCCGGAACAACCCACCAUGCAUGCUUGAGAGUUCGAACCGGCUCGAUGAAGAACACAGACUGAUCGCCAGGUACGCGGCAAGACUGGCAGCAGAGUCCGCUUCGUCUCAGCCGACGCAGCAGAGAAGUGCUCCUGACAUCUCCUUCACCAUUGAUGCGAAUAAGCAACAGAGGCAGCUGAUCGCAGAGCUAGAAAACAAGAACAGAGAAAUCUUACAGGAGAUCCAGAGGCUGCGGCUAGAGCAUGAACAAGCUUCUCAGCCCACUCCAGAGAAGGCACAGCAAAACCCCACUCUGCUGGCAGAACUCCGGCUCCUCAGACAGCGCAAGGACGAGCUGGAACAGAGAAUGUCUGCUCUCCAGGAGAGCCGGAGAGAGCUAAUGGUCCAGUUAGAAGGUCUCAUGAAGCUACUAAAGGAAGAAGAACUGAAGCAGGGAGUGCACGUACCAAACCGUGUAUGACGCUAUAUCCCAUUUGCUGGUAUCACCAGGAAGUUUCACAUCAUUUCCAUGGAUCGAUUAGAACCACAGCCUGUCCAAUUUCAACGUACCUUUUAUUCUUCUGUAUUCUCUUUCCUGUUAUUCAUUGUGUGUGUUUGUGUGUAACAACGAACGUUUGCAAAAUGCUGGACACAGUUUUACCCUUCCUUCCCACGGUCUGUAAAAAAGGAAAGUGUAAAACUAAUCUGUAAUGUCAGACAAUAAAGACAAUGUAUUACGCUAUUUUGUAUUUUGUGAAAAAAGUUGCUUUACUAAAGUCAAAUUUUAAUGAGAGACAGUCCCCCUUGGUGAAGGACGCACAUUUAUAGCCUGUCUAAUUGCCCAUAAAGGCGUACAUGGGGCAUUGCUAUUGUAGUUCCAGCGCACUUAGAUCAUGGUAGAGAAAAAUGCCUUGCUGUGCUGCUUCUCUGUGCAAACAGCCUCUUUCCUUUCCUGUCUCUUACUUAGCAUGUGCACAGAAAAAAGGGGGAAAAAGCUCAAAUAUAACCUCACACCUAGUGGAGAGAGGGCAAUCAUCCUAUAGUCCAUCAGCCUUGCUGAGCCAUCUCCCUCAGGGGCCCAUUUCCCACCAUUCCCCAGGCCACACAUUCUUGAAAGGCUGUGUGGACCAGGAAGUUCAUAAACCCAUGGCUGCAAACAGCCAAACCAUGGCAGCACCCAUAGAGCAUUACUGCCUCCUUUCCUUCCAGCUCCUCCCACGGAGCCCUCAACAGUGGCCGCAUCUCUGAAAGUCAGCCCUCAGCUGGGUACCGCUGCCUAGGUUCUAAAGGGCCAUCAUUGGGAACGCUCAGAUGUCAGCAAUGCGAUGUCUGGGUGGGAAGAGAAUUUGCUUGUCUUACUCAUUUAUUGAUGUGCUUGUAUAGUCAAGCCUCUUUUCCAAAAGGACCCAAGGCAGCUCCCAACAAAAGACAUCAGCAAUGACUUCAUAAAAUAAAUAUAGAAAGAUCAGAAACUAACGAAGAGAAAAUGCAAAUAUGCUAAUCAUAAGAGACAAGGGUGUUCCUCUGAGCUUUUUGGCAAUGAGGCAAAAAAAAAAAAAAAAAAAAAAAAAAAAAAAAAAAAACGGAUUUUGUGGUUUUAUCAAAACAAAAAUACCAGUUCUCAGGGGACCAAAAUUUCUGUUGGCAUAAAAUAUGAAAAAGAAGUCUUUACUUGGAGCUUUAGAGAACUUGUGCUGAAUAAUAAACGGGACAAAUGCAGCAGCAGAUGUUAAGUGGCUGAUUAUUAUACUGACCUUCAGUUAAAAUUAAAGACAGAACCCUGUACGUCCCAAUCCUGAGCAGGCAGAUCUACAAGGAAAGAAACAUAUGCCAUUCAAAUAUAUAGACUUGGUAUAACAUGAUCUAAGGAGAGAAUUUAGAGGUUUUAGUCUGCUGUCUGCUUCUAAAUUCUAUUUUUAUUUAUGAGCCUUACCCCUUUGGGGACAUUCUCUUUGUAAAAUCAGAUUUAAGACACUGCACACAACAAAUUGUGCUUGAUUUAAUAACCUCUACUUGCUUUAUCAUAAGUCUCUGUGGUUCAAUGUAUUUUAUGAUACUGGUAUAUAUAAUUCCUACUUCUGUUUCUUGUUAGAGAUAAUGCAUGAAUUUAUCCCCCUUGAGGAGAGAACAUGAAUUAAAAAAAAAAAAUAGUGCCUGUAAUAUAAUAUGAUGAUUAUGGUAUCAUAAGCAAUAAAUUUUUUUUUACAAAACUUGCA